UCUCUGUCUCCUCUAUGUAGAGUGUGUCUGGGGUGUGACUCUCUCUCUGUCUCCUCUAUGUAGAGUGUGUCUGGGGUGGUGGAGUGUCUGAAGAUCAUCACGAGGACUAACUCUCUGAGGAUUGCUGACUAUGCUUUCAGACUGGCCAGGGAGAGAGGUCGUCGUAGGGUCACCGCUGUCCACAAGGCCAACAUCAUGAAGCUAGGUGAUGGUCUGUUCCUACAGUGUUGUAAGGAGGUUGCCGCGGGUUAUCAAGACAUCGCCUUCGAUGCCAUGAUCGUGGACAACACCACCAUGCAGCUGGUGUCUAAGCCGCAGCAGUUUGACGUGAUGGUGAUGCCUAAUCUCUAUGGUAAUGUGGUGAGCAACGUGUGUGCUGGUCUGGUGGGGGGGCCGGGACUCGUUCCAGGAGCCAACUACGGGACGGACUACGCUGUGUUCGAGUGUGGCACCAGAAACACAGGGAAGAGCAUAGCAGAUGGUAACAUAGCCAACCCUACAGCCAUGUUACUCGCUUCCUGUCUGCUUCUGGACCAUCUGAGGCUACAUGCAUACGCCACCAUGAUACGACGGGCUGUCAUCGCUACUGUUACUGAGACACGGCUCCACACAGCUGAUUUGGGAGGUCAGGGGUCAACCUCUGAUGUGGUCCAGUCCAUCAUGAAGGAGAUACAGAGCACUGGACCCCUAACACAGAACAUCUAAAUAUUUAUUUCACUUAUGACUCUAGCCUACCCUAUAAUUAUGACCCCAUGAUUCUAUAAUUAUGACCCUAUGAUCCUAUACUUAUGACCCCAUGAUUAUGACCCUAUAAUUAUGACCAUAUGAUUAUGACCAUAUAAUUAUGACCCUAUGUUUGUAUAAUUAUGACCUUAUGACCCUAUGAUUAUGACCCUAUGAUUAUGACCCUAUAAUUAUGACCCUAUGACCCUAUAAUUAUGACCUUAUAAUUAUGACCCUAUGACCCUAUAAUUCUGACCCUAUGAUUAUAACCCUAUAAUUAUGACCAUAUGAUUAUGACCCUAUAAUUAUGACCCUAUGACCCUAUAAUUAUGACCCCAUGACCCUAUAAUUAUGACCCUAUGAUCCUAUAAUUAUGACCCUAUAAUUAUGACCCUAUGACCCUAUAAUUCUGACCCUAUGAUUAUAACCCUAUAAUUAUGACCAUAUGAUUAUGACCCUAUAAUUAUGACCCUAUGACCCUAUAAUUAUGACCCUAUGACCCUAUAAUUAUGACCCUAUGAUCCUAUAAUUAUGACCCUAUGACCCUAUAAUUAUGACCCUAUAAUUAUGACCCUAUGAUCCUAUAAUUAUGACCCUAUGAUUAUGACCCUAUGAUUAUGACCCUAUGAUUAUGACCCUAUGACCCUAUAAUUAUGACCCUAUGAUCCUAUAAUUAUGACCCUAUGAUUAUGACCCUAUGAUUAUGACCCUAUAAUUAUGACCCUAUGAUUAUGACACUAUGACCCUAUAAUUAUGACCAUAUGAUUAUGAUCCUAUAAUUAUGACCCUAUGAUUAUGACCCUAUAAUUAUGACCCUAUGAUUAUGACCCUAUAAUUAUGACCCUAUGAUUAUGACCCUAUGGCCCUAUAAUUAUGCCACUAUGAUUAUGACCCUAUAAUUAUGACCCUAUGAUUAUGACCAUAUGAUUUUGACCCUAUGAUCAUAUAAUUAUGACCAUAUGAUUAUGACCCUAUAAUUAUGACCCUAUAAUUAUGACCCUAUAAUUAUGUCCAUAUGAUUUUGACCCUAUAAUUAUGACCAUAUGAUUAUGACCAUAUGAUUAUGACCCUAUGAUCAUAUAAUUAUGACCCUAUGAUCCUAUUAUUAUGACCCUCUGAUCCUAUAAUUAUGACCCUAUGAUCCUAUAAUUAUGACCCUAUGAUCCUAUAAUUAUGACCCCAUGAUCCUAUAAUUAUGACCAUAUGAUUAUGACCCUAUGAUCAUAUAAUUAUGACCCUAUGAUCCUAUUAUUAUGACCCUCUGAUCCUAUAAUUAUGACCCUAUGAUCCUAUGAUUAUGACCCUAUGAUCCUAUAAUUAUGACCCUAUGACCCUAUGAUUAUGACCCUAUGAUUAUGACCCUAUGAUU